CCCCGCCCCCGGCUCGCGUCGCCGACCAUUACGCUGGAGGCCGCGCGUAACUGGCUUGAAUCCGGUUUGCAUUUCCUCACUGCCUUGUCUUGAAGACAGCGAUGCCAAAGAAAGCAAGACCUGCAGGGGAUGGGAAGGAGGAAGGGCCUGUUCCUAAACAGGUGAAGGUGGAGGCCGCCUGUGGACCUUCCCCUUUGAACUUCGACAGCCCCAGUGGCCUCUUUGAAAGUUUCAUCUCGCCCAUCAAGACAGAGACGUUUUUCAAGGAAUUCUGGGAGCAGAAACCCCUCCUCAUCCAGAGAGACGACACUGCGUUGGCCACGUACUACCAGUCCCUGUUCAGGCUCUCAGAUCUGGCGAGUCUGUGCAGCUGGGGUAUAUACUACGGGAGAGACGUGAACGUCUGCCGCUAUGUCCACGGGAAGAAGAAGGUUUUUAAUAAAGAUGGCAGAGUGCACUUUCUUCAGUUGAGACAAGAUUUUGAUCAGAAAAGGGCCACAAUUCAGUUUCACCAACCUCAGAGAUUUAAGGAUGAGCUCUGGAGGAUCCAGGAGAAGCUGGAGUGCUACUUCGGCUCCUUGGUUGGCUCCAACGUGUACAUCACCCCGGCCGGAGCCCAGGGCCUGCCGCCCCACUACGAUGAUGUCGAGGUGUUCAUCCUGCAGCUGGAGGGAGAGAAACACUGGCGCCUGUACCAGCCGACGGUGCCUCUGGCGCGGGAGUACAGCGUGGAGGCCGAGGACAGGAUCGGGAGGCCCACACACGAGUUCACACUCAAGCCUGGAGACUUGCUGUACUUCCCCAGAGGGACCAUCCAUCAGGCGGACACUCCCGAGGGGCUGGCCCACUCCACGCAUUUGACCAUCAGCACCUACCAGAGGAGUUCAUGGGGAGAUUUCCUUUUGGACACUGUUUCAGGGCUUGUGUUUGACACCGCCAAGGUAGACGUGGCACUCCGGGCUGGCAUCCCCCGGCAGCUGCUCCUGCAGGUGGAAAGCACAGCUGUUGCAACAAAAUUAAGUGGCUUUCUGAGGAUGCUUGCAGACCGGAUGGAGGGCACCAAAGAACUGCAUUCCCCAAACAUGAAGGAGGAUUUCGCUAUGAACAGACUCCCACCUUACUAUACGGGAGAUAGAGCAGAGCUUGUGGUGCCAGGUGGAGAGCUUCCGGGGUUGGACAGCACAGUGAGACUGCAGUUUAGAGACCACGUGGUUCUCACUGUUGGACCCAAUCAGGACCUAUCCGAUGAAGCUCAAGGGAGGAUGGUUUACGUCUAUCAUUCCUUACAGAAUAGGAGAGACACACACAUGAUGGGAAAUGAAACAGAGUCUCAUGGACUUCGCUUUCCCCUAUCAUAUAUGGAUGCACUAAAGCAAAUUUGGAACAGUUCAGCUAUUUCUGUCAAGGACCUGAAGCUGACUACAGAUGAGGAGAAGCAAAACCUGGUGUUAUCCCUCUGGACAGAAUGUUUAAUCCAAGUAGUCUAGUGCCGUUGCUGCUUUACUAGUAGCAUACAUAUGUAAAAUGCAGAGCUUUGUGUGCUGGGGACUCCUGUUGCUUUGAGCCACGGACACGAUGAAUGUAACUUUGCUUACCUGUGUAUUUAAUAAAACGAGAUCUACCUCUUACAGGU